AUGCAGAGUCUCGCGCCGUCCGCGGCCGCCGACGCACGAGCGCUCCGCAAGGCUUGUGAUCAGUGUCGUCAACGCAAAAUCCGCUGUGACAAAAACGAACCCUGUUCCAACUGCGUAACAGCCGAGCGACGAUGCACUUCGACUGCGUGGCAACGGCCUAAGGAGCUUCGCCAACGGGUCCUCAUCUCGUCGCAGUAUGAAAAGAAGAUUGACCGGAUCGAAGCCCGGCUCGCCAACAUUGAGAGUCUUCUCAAGAACAUCUCAUCCGCAACCCCUAUAGACCCCUCAAAAUUCAUCCAUACGCCACAGACAGACUCCGCCGUGCCAACCACCACGUCGACCGCUGACUAUGACAGCUCCGACGAGGAAUCCGUCCUCGGCGGCGACUCGGGCUUGACCGUCCACACAACCUUUGCCAGCGAAUUCCUCGAGCGUGCCGUCAAGAAAGCGUCCCUGCCGGCUGUGAAUCCCAAGAUGGAGACGGCUCUGGCCAACCUGAGCCAGCUUGUCGAGCUGCAAAAGCACCGCUCCAUCAGUCACGGGCCUCGAUUUCCUCUGCAGCAGCCAGUGCCCCCAGGGGGUGUAAGCAAAUUGCCUAUGCCUCCCAUGGCGACGGUGGUUGCCCUGUUGAAGCAUGUCAAAGCCGCCCCUCCCACCUUCUUCACCAUCCUCUGCACCCUCACAGGCAUCAAGGACUUUGCCGACCUGUGCCGCACCGUCUACUUCCCCGCCGAAGACUUCUCAGACGCCACCUUUGCCGUGGUCAACGCCAUGCUGUACAACCUCUUCGUGGAGCAGCACUCGCUGGCCAAGGACGAGGCGCUGCGCGAAGAGUACAACUCGUACGUGACCAUCUGCAAGACGAAUCUCGAGACGACGCUGGCCAACUUUCCGCUGUUUCUGUCUCCCAAGAUUGAGAAUGUGCAGGCUCUGCUGCUUGGGUGCCUCUAUUCCAUCGACGUCUCCAGGCCAUCGGUGGCGUGGCAUCUCAUCACAAUGGCGGCCUGGCUGUGCCAAGCAGGCGGUUACCAUCGUACAGAGUCUCUCCGCAACGACCCUCCGCAGAUUGCACAGCAAAAGAAGGUCAUCUUCUGGCAUGUGUAUACGCUGGAUAAGGGCCUGGGCCUCCGGCUCGGACGGGCUUCGGUCAUAGCAGAGUGCGACAUUGAUAUCAAACGAGAGUUUGAGGUCAACGGCUUCGACCAUCUGACGUCGACCACGUUCCCGACGCUGUGGGUUGAGAUGAGCAGCUUGCAGAGCCGGAUAUACGAACAACUAUACAGCCCAGCCGCUCUGGCAAGCCCUCAGGCAGAUCUGAUUCAACGGGCCCGAGCCCUGGCUGCGGAAUGCAGCCGCCUAGAAGUCGAGACGGAGGAGACACGAGAGAAAGUGUACACACUCCUCAAGUCAAUAGGGACUUCGGACGUCGUCGACGUCUUCAUCAAGGGCGACGAGGUGCAGUUUUACGUCACCAAGACGCUCAUCUACCGCGUCAUCCCGGCUCCGGAAAACUCCGUCACCCGGUUUUGCGACGAAUGCUUGGAUGCGGCACGUCACGCAAUGAAGACGCAUCAGGAGUGUGUUCGAUUCAUGGACAUUAGCACAUAUAUGCGGUCCAUGUACAUCCACUGGAGCCUCUUGUUGACGCCAUUCGCCCCAUUCUUCGUCCUCUUCUGCUACGUCAUUGAGACGACUUCGCUGGUAGACCUCAGGGUCCUCCAGGACUUUGUCGAUUCUCUCGAGGGCGGAAGGGGGCUCUCGGAGCCCAUUGAUAAGCUCUACCGUCUCUGCCGGGUCAUGUGCGACAUUGCCACGUUCUAUGUGGAAGCCAAAGGCCAGCAGCAGCAAAGCGAUAAUUCCAUCUCCAUAGGGGAUGAGUUCGAGAUGUACUUGAGCCAGCUUGGCUUCAUCCCCAACGACGAUCAAGCCAUGACCAACACGGACACCACCGACGCGGGGGCGCCGCUGCAGGGCAGUGGCCAGGUGGCGCAACUUGCCGACUGGUUUGUAGGCAGCCGCAACAUGAUUGGCCUCCUGGAGGAGGACUUGUCGCAGAUUGAGUCUCAUAGAUGGAUGCAACCCGAUGACGAGCUUUGA